GUGUAUGUUUCCGAGGGGACGCAGAUCGAGAACGUACUCGGAUUAGCUUAAGUUUGCUGUACCUCGGACAGACUUUUUUCUGUCCUGUCAAACAAACACAAUCAUGUCGAUAUUCACGCCAACUAAUCAAAUACGGCUGACGAAUGUGGCGGUGGUGAGGAUGAAAAAGGGAGGGAAGCGUUUUGAAAUCGCCUGUUACAAGAAUAAAGUUAUGAGCUGGAGAUCCGGAGCAGAGAAAGACUUGGAUGAGGUUCUGCAGACAUCCUCUGUUUUUGUCAACGUGUCAAAGGGUCAGGUGGCAAAGAAGGAUGAUUUGACCAAAGCCUUCGGGACGGAUGACCUGACCGAAAUCUGUAAACAGAUCUUGGCCAAAGGAGAACUCCAGGUGUCAGACAAGGAGAGGCAGAGUCAGCUGGAGACGAUGUUCAGGGACAUUGCGACAAUUGUGGCAGAGAAGUGUGUCAACCCUGAGACCAAGAGGCCCUACACUGUCAAUCUGAUUGAGCGAGGGAUGAAGGACAUCCACUACUCUGUUAAAGCCAACAAGAGCACGAAGCAGCAGGCUCUGGAAGUGAUUCGACAGCUGAAGGAGACCAUGGAGAUCCAGCGAGCCCACAUGAGGCUGCGGUUGGUGCUGCCAGCCAAAGAGGCCAAGAAGCUGAAAGAGAAGCUGAAACCACUCCUGCAAGUCGUGGAGAGUGAAGACUUCGAUGAGGAGCUGGAAAUGGUCUGUCUGGUGGAUCCCGGCUGCUACAGGGAGAUCGAUGAGCUGAUUCGCUUUGAGACCAAAGGCCGAGGCACUCUGGAGGUUCUCAGUCUGAAGGAUGUGGAGGAAGGAGAUGAGAAACUAUAGUAACCCAACCCCAUCCCAUCAGGCCUGUGCACCUUAUCCACACUAACAUGCCUCACAGUGGCACACAAACUACAAACUCAUUUAAAGGAAUAAACAUUUAUUAUGAGAUUUUACCCAUUUGUAUUUCCAAGCUUCUUUGCUUUCAAAUCUCUGUCAACUGAAGUGUUUCAUUUGCAUUCUCAGAGAUUUUGUUUUUGUUUCAAAUUAACACCUUAACAUGUAGUUAAGUUAAUAAAUUAUUUAUUUUUGGUUUUAAUUUAGUACAUCUGCAGCAUUAACAGUACUGCUGCAUGAGGCUUCCUGUGUUUGCCUUCCCACAGACUUUGUGUGCCAUGUAGUGAUCAUGUUCUGUAUCACAGAUUUAGGGAUACUGUCUUUAACCCAAUAAUUUAUAUUUUGUCAUAUUGAAUGCUUUUUGCUCUGUUGCAAAUAAAUAUAUCCCAAAAAAAUA